AUGACGACUCAUGUUGUUUUGGUUACUGGUGCGAACGGCUACAUCGGCAAUGCCGUCGCGAGAGCCUUCGUCCGCGCUGGCUGGCUUACGUAUGGCCUUAUCCGAUCUCCUCUGUCCGCGCAGAAGCUCGCAGCGGAAGAGAUCAUCCCUAUAGUUGGGACCAUUGAUUCUAGAGAGACCCAUGAGAGUAUUCGCAAAGCUCUGCCAGCACGCCUCGACGCCAUAGUAUCUACGACCGAAUCAUUGAAGGACUACGGGUUUCACUUCGAGAACACCAUCCACCUGCUUCGCCUUCUGGGUGCUUCCAGUACCGCCGCCGGGGGACAGCCGAUUGUCAUCUUCACCUCGGGGUGCAAAGACUACGGGAUAGGGCCACAUAUACACGGCGAGCCUGGGCCCCCUCCGCAUACAGAAGAGACGCCACUCAGACCGCCGCCCGUCGUGGCGGCUAGAACGAAGCACUCGGUCAACAUAUUCAACCAUACAGACGUUUUCCUACCCGUCCUGGUAAGGCCUACCAACGUCUUCGGGAGGGGGUCGACUUAUUACCAGAACUUCUUUGCCGUCGCUAAGCAAAUGGCGGAUCAAGGGGGCAGGCUUGUCAUGGAGGCUCCGCCAAAUCAUAUCAUCCACGCGUUGCAUGUUGACGACUGCGCCGACGCCUACGUUGCCAUUGCAUCCCACCCUCGGGUGGACGAGGUGCGCGGUCACGUCUUCAAUAUUUCGUCACAUCGGUAUGAAACGGUGGACGAAAUCGCCAGAGCACUGAUUGCCGAGUACAAUAUCCAGGGCCACCCUAAGUAUGUCGACGCAGAGGGGCGAGAAGCGGUGCUAUGGAUGCCAAUGUUGGUCAACUUCCCUCAAUGGGUGGAUUCAACCAAGCUGAGGAGAGCCACGGGGUGGAAAGAUCAUCGGCCAUUGUUUUCUGAAGCGUUACAUGUUUACCGCAUGGCGUAUGAGGCCGCGCAGGAGGCAGGAGACGAGGGUGUCUUGAGGGUACAGCAUGUUAUGGGCCGCAUCACUCGUCUACGAAAUCUUCUGUAA